GCUCCACCGUAUUCGCAAGCAGGUUACCGGGACGGAAAACUUUACGUCGAUGGCGUCUUCGGCCUCGUCUUGGAAGCCCUGGCUGACUUCGUUCCAUUCAGCUACGACAUCGUGUACGACCAGCGACUGUCUUUUGGAGUGCGCCUGCUCAAUGGCACUUACACGGGCAUCAUCGGGCUCAUCCAAAGCGGGGCUGCAGACCUGGCCGCUGCCCCCGUGCUCGUUCGCUACGACCGCACCGAGGUUGCGACGUAUGCGCCCGUCCUGUUCACCAGCCACUGCGUGCUCAUAGCCGUCGCAGGGGAGCCCGGCGUGAACACAUUCAGCUACUUGUUUGUGUUCGACUGGGAGGUAUGGUUAGUCCUCCUCGCCACAAUUCCGGUGGUGUCCGCGGCUCUCGCGUUCGUCGAGAAGCGAAGACCUCGCACUGGCGGCCGCUUCGUGUGGGAAAUGUAUGAGAAUGCGUGGGACAUCUUGCGUUCUUUUACCUACGAAGGACACACGGCAAAGACGACAAGCCACUGUGGUCGUCUCCUCUACUCGAUCUGGUGGCUGACCGUUCUCGUGCUGACCAAUGGUUUUGCGGGACAACUCAAAGCCAGCAUGGCCAUCAAGACAGAGCCACCACGGUUUCGUUCUGCCGACGAAGUAGUGUACCGACCAGCCAUAAGACCUAUGGUGUGGAGACACACCGUGUACGAAACUUACAUACGGACAUCCGAGAGACCAUCACUGCGAGACCUGAACCGCCAGGUACAUAGACACGAUGGUUUCGUGCCCAUCGCCGACAUGUACUCCCCAACAGCCAUGGAACAACUGUACAGCGGCCGUGCGGUCAUCGUGAGCGACCAUUACGUCACCAUGCACAUGUUGGCCAAGCAGUGCCGAUUGAGCGGAGGCAAGCUGUACGUGGCGCCGGAGGUACUCUUCUCUCGCUUCUUCACGGUGGCUCACUCGAAGCGCUUACCUCCCGGACUGGAGCGCAGGAUCCACGCUAA